UUAGGACAAAUAAGUAGACCAUUAUAAUAUAUUUUUGUUCAUUAAAAACAUGCCACAUCGCGGCAAAAAGAGUGGAAAGCCAAGGAGUAAGAAGUAUGAACUGAACAGUGAUCCAGAAGGCGACAGGUAUGACACAAUACAGUUGGGCAGCAUCCUGAAGAAACUGACGAUCCAAGAACAGGCGCUCAUCUCCCAGAAAUCCAAAAAGGUAGUAAAAAGUCUUUUACACCUGUGGCAGAAUGAUUACAAGCACCUGGAGUUGGGAAAGUUGCAGUGGCAGUUGAGGGGCGAGAAUAUGCAUUGUUUUCUCAACCAUAUGCGUGAGCACUUCCAGAGUGUUGUUUUUCGCUCCGAGCAGCUGCAGGAGGAGCUUAAUAUCCUAGAACAGGCCGGAGUGGAGGAACUGCCCCAAGUUACUUCCUGUCAGAUCGCCCCGAGCAAUCAAGUCAACAGGGAAAAGAAUCGCAAUUUUGUUCAAUGGCCUUUCCACGCAUUGCCAAAGUUACUGACAAAUUUACGCAGCCUGGAGACAUUAACUCCAAUACAAUCCAGCUUUAUUGAUCAGUUUAAAAAACUGAAAGACCUUAAAAUCCAUGAAGGGAUAUCCAACGCAGCCUUGAAAGCUAUAAUGGAGAGUGAUCUUCCACUGCGGAAACUACAUUUUUUGGGCAAAAGACUUCACAUCCUAGAGGGCAUCUCCAAUCUCUCGCAACUCAAGGACCUAAUGGUUAAUCUAAGUACAUUUCAAAACAGUCGUGAUGAAAUCAUACGCCUUCCCAACUUGUUGGAUCUUCAAAUUCAUGAGACCAUUGAUCCUGAGGAAACACUCGAGGCAAUAAAAUUUGUGAUCGAUCGCAACUCUAGCGCUAUGAAGAGUUUCAAGCUCAAUACCGGCUUUAUGGUCUACAGUGAAAACCUAAAAAAGAUGAAGUUGAGUAGAUGCAGCGCCUUAAAUGAGAUAAUUCUAGUCCAUUGCCAAUUCGACAACCGGGACAUGGACAUGCUAAACCUGCCAGACUCCCCAGUCCUUGCCGUAUUUUUCGAUUGUCCAGAUCUCACCGAUCUUCAAUUAUUGGAUUUUUAUAAAAGUUGCCCGAAUUUGAAAGAAAUUGUACUUGGCUGGUGUCCACUGUUGACAGAAGAAGUACUCCAUAAUAUUUUGAAGGUCAGACGAGAGGGAAAUUAUAAGAACUCUUUUCUAUUCAAGGUGACAGACUGUCCAACACUUUCCAACUCAUAUAAUGAUAAUGAGAUAUAUUGGGCACAAAAAGCAUCCUAUUUGAAGUUGGAACUCCUGAAAGAGGACUUUGCACUCGAAAAUAUGCUCCAUUUUCAGUUUCAUAAAUGUAAUCCAAAAUCAAGGACCGCAGCGUAAUAUUUUAAAAUAUUUACAAUUUCUAUAGAAAUAUAGAAUUU